UACCAAACAGAGGAGCCAUGUCAGAGCUAAAUGCACAGCACUGUUAUGAAGAAUCUACGCUCUAACUUGUUGCCAAUUUUGGCUCUGGCAACUUGGUUCAUCAAGAUAAGUGGAUCAAGCUCUCCUCGCCCAGUUUUGACUGGUCCAGGUUUAGUGUACCUCAACUCCAGGGUGACUUUCAACUGUUUUGCUCAGGACUCUCCUCCUCCGGUCACCUAUGAGCUGCUAAAGGACAAUGGUGUCCCGAUCGCCACAGGCACUGAUUAUGAGGGGGACCAACCUGCACACUUUUUGUUUAAGGUCUCUGCAGCAUCAGAGGGGUCGUAUCACUGCAGGGGUACAGCAGGAGGGAGCACAGGAGUCAGCAACAGCAUUAAGCUGAGUGUCGUCACUCCACCAUCAAACACCAGACUCUUCUCUGACCCCUCCCCCCCUGUCACAUACGAGGGGUCAAGCGUCUCUCUGAGCUGCAACGUAUCAAAGGGCUCCCACCUCUCCUACACUUGGUUUUUAAAUAGGAAAAAGAUAACAUCUUCAGCUUCUCCCUUCUUCCACCUCACUGAGAACAAGCUAGUGUUGGAGAAUGUCACUCCAGAGCAUGCUGGGAACUAUUCUUGCAUGGCUUGGUCCCAGGUGCAUGACACCAGUAGAUUCUCCAGCAGUUCAGAGGUUCUGGUGACAGUCAAAGCCCACAUCUCAAAACCAAGCAUCUCUUUUUCCAUCUCUAAAACCGGAAACGGAUACCAAGGCAAUGUGACCUGCUCGUCAACAAGAGGCACUCCACCUGUCAACAUUUCUCUUUUACUGGAUGACAGGGAGGAAGGAUCUAUCACAGCCACAGAAUCCCUCACUGCUUGGUUUGAUUUUGAAAUCGUACCCGGCCUGGACACGGGGGUCGCUCGAUGUCGGGUGAAAACUGACGUGCAGGAGUUGAUGAGUGAGCCUGUGUCUCUGGAAGUGGUUCCAGUCGGAGGUGACGUGAGGGUGGAUGUUGAAUAUCUCUACAGAGGGGAUUUUCAGCUGACUGCUGCAACACUGAGCUGUGAAGUCAGCCGAGGAACUUUCCCCCAAAUGUCCUGGAUCUUCAACGACUCUGUCCUUCUCUCUGAGACGGUCUCUGAAGGCUCCCACAAUAAACCCAAGAUGUCUCACUAUGCUUUAGAGAGCAAUGGUCGAACCCUGGUGCUGACCAGGAUAGGCCCGGAGGAGUCUGGGUAUUACCGCUGCAGGGCCAAGGACAGCUACGAUGACUCUGGGCCCUGGAUGGAGAGUAAGGCUGUACUGGUCCAAGUUACAGAGGUUCUCCUGACCACCAUGGACUUCAUUACUCUUGGGUUCUGCUGCUUUGUUCUUCUGACUCUGGUUGUGGGUUUAGUCUUGAUUUACAAGGUCUUAGACCAGGAUCAAGGUUUGUGCCCAUGUAUGUGUGAGGAAAAAAAAAAAUCAAGUGAAACUUUAUGCACUCUGACUGUUUACCUAUUUCUUCCACAGCUCAUGCCCGCAGGUCUUCAACAAAGUAAGUUACAACUAGGAAGUGUAUAUCUGUCUUCACCCAUGUCCCAGUCAGGAGGGUUGUCCUACUCGAGUCAGGAGGGCAGUCAGUCAGUCCUGGGCCGUCCACACCUGUAUGGUCCUUCGGAGGCUCUGCUGGGAAGAUUUUUAGAAUUGAACUGCAAACUUCCAACCUACCCCAAAAAUGAAUCCAUCCUGUUUCGAUUAUACAUGGAGGGUAACCGUCAAAGGGUCUUGGCUGUGCACACCUCCCUGGAUGGGGAGGAGGCAAACUUCCCCUUAAUGAUCAAAAGCCGUCAUGAGGGUAACCUGGAGUGUGUGGCUAAAGCCCAGAACAACUCCAGAAUAGAGCCCACGGUCAGCCACACUCACUAUCUGAAGGUUGUCGUACCGGUAAAAGGCGCAAAGAUAGUCGUCACUUCAGGCCUGCAGGAGUUCUUUGAGGGGGGGACACUGGAUCUACGCUGCAAUCUGACUUCUGGAAAUUACGUCUCUUACACCUGGUACCUGAAUGAUUGGCCUGUCUCCAUGUCUCCUCAACGCAGAGCUGCAGAUGAGAAGCUCUUCAUCUCCAGCACUUCUUCUAAAGACAGCGGCUCCUACAUAUGUGUUGCCACCAACACCUUCAACAGCUCAGAGAUCUUUACCUCCAACAGCUCUAAAGUCAUGAUCACAGUCAAAGACUUUGCGUCGAAGCCCAAUAUCUCCUACAGCGUGUUAAAGGAGGAGUCCCGGUACUUCGCUGUGGUCACCUGCCAGUCAACAAAGGGCACCCCGCCUGUCCACUUUGCAUUACUCAACCGCACAGAGCUGGUUGAUGAUAUGCUCGCUGAGGAAGCAAAGGCAACAUUUAAGGUGCCUUUGGUCUUUGGCCAGCAUUUAGGGUGGCUUCAGUGCCAGGCAACUACUGGAAAGAGGACCGAAUACAGUGAAUGGAUCCCCCUAGAAGUUGAGCCGAUUGGAGGGCCUGUGACGAUGCACUACGACUCCGAUGUUGGAGAAAACUAUGCUGUGGUCGGCCUCAGGCUCUACUGCAAAGCAGCAAAGGGAACUCAUCCACGGUACCAAUGGUUCCUCAACAAAACUCUUCUGUCUGAGCAAGGGAGCUUCUACUAUGUGGUGCACAAUCCUCCAGAGCAGUCCAUUCUAUUGCUGUCUGUGGGGAGGAGUAGUGCUGGGACAUACCACUGCGAGGUGUCUGACAGCUUUGACAACACCACCACCAUAAGCAGCAGGAGGCGCUAUCUGGAUAAAGACGUCCUGAAUCGUCUCCCUCUCCUGGUGGUGGUUGUUGUCUUUGGAUCGUUCACAUUUCUGAUUCUCCUGGUCUCUGUUUGUUGUUGGAUGAGCGUGCUGUUCAGGAGGAGGACGUAUGGAGAGAAGUCUUUGUGGAGCUCGGAGAUGCACAGAAUGAAGGCUGUGUACGAGGGCGACCUGGAUGUGUCAGAGUACGAUGAGGAUGUUGAUUUGGCGAUGGCAGCCAGAGGAGGAGAGUUUGAUCAGACAUCUGAAGAUUCUGGAGAUGAAUGGCCCCACAUUGUGAAGAGGAGGAGGACAUUAGAGGAUGAAGCAUUGGAGGAGUCCUGAGGGUUCAGACUUUGUGUUUACAGACUAUUUUGGUUCAAUAAACAUCUCCAGAAACCCC